UGAAUUAUAGAGCGACAGCCCCUACAAUUCCGAAUCCGGGAAUUGUCUGUCCUGCAGCUGUUGUCUCGUGUGCUCUAAUCUGUGAGCUGCUUUCACUGUAUUAGUGAUCGCUCACCCGGUGGGCGAGAGAAAGAGGAGCGGAGUAAUACAAUUAUCUGCUUUUUUGAAGUUUCCCUCCCAAUCGUAAUUAUGUUUUUUCAAGUCGUUUAGUCACGCUUGCAUUCUGUACAGUUGAGUCAAUUAGUAGACAUUUGCGCGGAUUUUUUGGCAAAUCAUUGGAGACAUAGAUGAGAGUCUGGCAACAAGUGAUUCGAUGUCUGUCCUCUAGGGAUGCGCCAAUGAAAUUGGCGUACCUGUGGGCAACUCUUUAGAUGUUUGCCGGGGCACUUGUGGUGAAGUAAAUGAUGCGGAGAAGUUAUCUGUUGUUAUGAUCUCUAACUCCACAGCAGAAGCAGACUCAGCGCUAUUUGAAGUACCUGGAGGAAGCUUGGGCCGAAAGGAGUCCUCAGGAGAAGUGUGUAUUGCACCCGUUCUUGGAGAGAAAUACGAGGAAGAGGCCAGCGCAUGUGUUCCAGCCAAUGUCUUUCCUGGUCUGGUGAGCGGGAGCGCAGGUCCCUCUGAUCCUGACGUUUGUGCUAUCUGCUUAGAUAAAAUUAAGCUGGCAGAGACAUCUCAGAUCAAAGAAUGCGAGCACUCUUACUGCGUUACUUGUAUAUUACGAUGUGCUUUGUACAAGAGUAAUACCUGGUGCCCCCAAUGUCGUCUUCCUUUCACUGUUGUAUAUAUACAGGGCGCUUGAUGGGAGGUCCGUUUCUUCACUGAAGUGCAAUGUUUGUUGCAGUAUUUUUCAACUUUGUCGCAUAGUUUUUGCUCUUGGAGAUUAACUGAGUUUGAUCCACAGAAAAAUGAGCACAGAACUCUAGUAUUCUUUCACUUCCAAUCCUCAUGUAUUAAUUGGCUUCUGCCCGACAAAUCUGUAUGGACUUGGCUGAUGACGUUCAAACUUGGAUUUCAAACGAGAAACUUUUAAAGUCUGUAAUUAUUGCUUAAACAUGUAUACACAGCUCUACAGGCUUCACAAUCUCAUUAUUCUGUUGAAUUCAUAGGGAACUAUGAGGUGGACACCUCCUUUUACUGUGUGCCCCCACCUACACCAAUAAUUCAUUAUUGUUACAAGUUUUUCAACAAGUUGUACACUAAUGAGGAUAAAAUUUGUAGAAACAAAAACAAAAAACAAUAGCCAUCCACAACAUAGAAACAUCAGUAAUAUGGAAACUAAGUAAAGCAGAUAAAUAAAGGAGAUGUCUAGGUGGUGGUGUCGCUAAGUUGACACUACUGUUAUGUCUUUUUUUAUCCUGUUAAAAUUUUAUCAAUACAAUAUUUAUUAUUCUAAAGUAGAAAAAGAAAUUGUCGUUAACUUGAAGAGUAAAUUUCAAUGAGAAGGGAUUAGUUAGAUAGGAGUGGGCCUCCCCUACUGUGAAAUAUUUUUAGAUAUU